GCAAGAUUUUCGAAUUUACUAGUCCUUUGGUGAAAAUCUGAUGUUUGAAACCUGAUUGGAGCUACCCGUUGACUUUUUGCUUAUUAUCCCUUCUUUUAAUUUUCUCAUGUUAAUUAGUAACUACAGUGGUUGAUUAUCUGGGCUCCUGUUUUUAUUUAUUUUUCAUGUAUUUUUAGGUAAUACUUUCUGAAAUUUUAUUUAGGGUUAGUUAAGAAGUUGGAUUUUUAUAACUGUAUUCUGGAGUCGGCGUUUUGUGGGGUUUCAGCUUAGUCUUCCAGUACAAGAGAUUCAGAUAUGGAAAUUGAUGAUUAAAAGUGUUGAGCAAUUUGAAUCCAUGCCAUGUGUGAACAUGAUCGUUGGUGAUUACAUGUCUGUUCAUCCUGAUCAAUGCUUCUCAUAGCAUGGCCCCAAGACCUCUCCGUCUCACCUCUAGGCGCCCUCCUAGAAAACUCCUUUUUAUUUUAUUAUUAAUACUUGGACCAAUUUGUAUCAUUGGAGUUUUCACCUAUCGUCAGAAGAUCUCCUAUUUUUUCCGCCCUAUUUGGGACAGGCCUCCACCCCCAUUUCAGCAUUUACCACAUUACUAUGCAGAGAAUGUUUCUAUGGACUACCUUUGUCGUCUCCAUGGUUGGUCCUUACGAUCUGAACCACGUCGCGUGUUUGAUGGAAUUAUAUUCAGCAACGAGUUAGACAUGCUAGAGAUAAGGUGGAAGGAACUCCAUCCUUACGUGACUAAGUUUGUUAUCUUGGAAGCCAACACGACUUUCACAGGUAUCCCGAAACCCCUCUACUUUGCUGAAAACCGCGACAGAUAUGCUUUUGCUGAAAACAAAAUUUUUCAUGGCAUAUUUCCGGGCCGUAUUGCAUCAUAUGGGUCACAUGAGGACCCUUUUAAACUUGAAGCAGAGCAUCGUAUAGCUAUGAAUGGGUUGCUUCGUCGUGCGGGCAUAUCUGUUGGCGACCUCCUCAUUAUGUCGGAUACUGAUGAAAUACCGAGUCCACAUACUGUGAAACUGUUGCAGUGGUGUGAUGGGGUGCCACCUGUGCUCCAUCUUGAACUGCGACAUUAUAUGUACUCCUUCGAGUUUCCUGUGGACUAUAGCAGUUGGCGUGCUACCACCCACAUCUACAGUCAGUGGACCCAAUAUCGACAUUCACGCCAAACUGAUGUUAUUCUGUCAGAUGCAGGUUGGCACUGUAGCUUUUGCUUCCGCUAUCUGAAAGAAUUUGUAUUUAAAAUGACUGCAUAUAGUCAUGCAGACCGAGUGAGACAUAGAGACUUUUUGAAGUAUUCUAGAAUUCAGAACCUAAUCUGUCGGGGAGAUGAUCUGUUUGACAUGUUACCCGAGGAGUAUUCUUUCAAGGACUUGAUAAAAAAGAUGGGAUCAAUUCCACGGUCAGCUUCUGCUGUCCAUAUUCCUGCUUACUUGAUCGAGAACGCAGAGAAGUUCAAGUUUCUUCUACCUGGAGGUUGUGUACGAUCACCCGGAUGACCUUGUUGUGUGAAGGUUCUCUCGAGUUCUCCACAAAGAUAAGUGGAUAUAGAUUAGAAACAACUUGUUUCAUUGUUUAAGUGUAUUAUAGGGCAGUGCUUUUAGCAAUUAUAAAAUUUUCUGUUUUUCUCGAUGUUUUCCCUGCAUAAUGAGGAGGUAGAGAUGAAUGCUUGGGAGCGGAUAUCUUGCCAGGUUAUAGCUAUAGGAUAUGUAUGUACCAUCUUGUAUGAUUGAUGCUUUUGUUUAUUUAUCUAGUAUUCAAUUAUUUUGUAUUUUGUUA